CUUCGGUCCUAGUACGUGUGCCUACCAAAUAAAAUAUCCACGUAGUCAGGAAUUAGCUAACAUUUUUUAUUCAUAAACACUAUAGAUGGGCUACAAGUCACAGCCAUUUCAAAUUGCGCGUGAUACACCUAAACCUAAUAAUUCCAACUGUUUACAUACAAUAAUUAUUAGUCAUUGUAAUAUUAUUAUAUGCAACAAUAUUGUAUUAUAACUUAAUGAGAAAUCCAACAGUCGACGUAGAUAGACGAAACUUUCCGACGAGAAAUUCUGCGGACCAGUGAAGGACUUGCAGCCACCCAAGUGUUGCAUCGCAUCGUUAUUAUUCGUCGGGUGGACGACCUCGCGUUCGUCUCGAGGUACAAUUUUUACCUUCGCCCAGGUAUUGUAAUAGUUACAACCGUCGGACGGCGUCCGACGACAUAGGCGGUAUUGGAUGUGCUGCACGCCCUCGUGAUAUUAUAAAAAUAUUUGUCGAGCAAAAUCGUAUGAUAUACGAUGUCCGGACUUGUGAAUCAGGUAGCAUUGAUCACCGCAGCCACGUCAAAAAUUGGAUACGGGUAUGCCAAACAUCUGCUCCAGAAAGGCGUCAAGGUGGCAUUAUGCGAUGUAAAUUUGGAAGACUGUCAAUCGGUCGCCAAAGAAUUCGAUAAUACGUUUGGUGAUGGAAGUACUUUGGCAUUGGAGUGCGCCGUUGCAAAUCAAACACAACUUGAAAACGCCUUCAUUUCGUGCAUAAAUCGUUUUGGGCGACUAGACAUCGUCGUUAACAACACGGCGGACAUGGAGCUCGACGUAUCAAUCGACGAUCGGGACGAAAUGAACGAUGCGAUCAUGCGUGUUCACUAUGGUGGAGUGGUCAGUGGAACGCUUCUAGCAAUCAAGUACUUGGGAGCCCCGAACGGAGGCAAAGGCGGGACGGUGGUGCAGACAACGUGCUGCGGGUCGGCGACAAACAACGUUGUCGGGUACACGAAAGUGAUCGGUGACGUACGGAGUUCACAUCACCUAAAUAUAAGAACUAUGGCAUUAUGUCCAAGAAAUGUAUCUGAUAAUGUUGGCGGAGCUUUAAUUUAUAUUCUGGAAAAAGGUAGUUCUGGUCAAUAUUGGACUGUCGAAAACGAAGAAACACCGAGACUGAUGACAUGGUACGCAGCGGCAACCAGUACAAAGUACAGUCUAUACUUUUGUCAACCACCACCACGGGCCACGACAGCGCGAAACCGUCGACUCACCCACUGCGCCGCAAAGGCACAUGGCGGGACGUAAAGGCAAGUCGCAUUAAAAGAAGUAACAAGAAUACAUAUAGACAUAUAGUGUUGGACACAAACUUAAUCGUUAUUGCAUAACGUAAUAUCACGACCAGUCUUGCCCUAAAUAUAAAAGUUAACCGGAGAACCUACCACCCGACCACACUCCACCAGUCAGUCUUGUCCGACCAACGGUGACGUGCCGUACUGUCAUUUAUUGUGUGCCACAACUAUUGUUUUAUUUUCAACAACUGUACAUUCAUACACCAUUAUACCAACAACUUCAUCCCGGAGCAUGGACCACCCUGUUCAAUAUCCGAUAGUUUCGUGAGUCGGCUGUCAGCCACACAUUUUUUAUUCUUUAUUGUUUGUGAUACCUUGUUAUUAUAUCGGCUGUUAAAGCUCAACUGAUGUAUGUUAUUAACGGUUCAAAUAUUUCUGUAAAAAAAUCGCCAGAGUAAGCGUUGAAAGUUUCAAAUAAAUAAAGCAUUUCGUCGUUUAA